AACACAGCAAUGACUUUUACCUAUAGUUCCAGUUCUCUCUCUUUCUCUCUCUAAAAAAAGCGAGUCUUCAUCUCUGUGUGUGUUUUUGAGACUCGGCUUCUGUAACUCUCUGGUUCUCUCGUUCUUUCAGGGAGAUUCAUAUGAUAAAAAUCGAAGAAGAAGUCGGGAAAGUUUUCGUCUUUGUUUAAGCCAAAGCUGAUAUUUUUGAAUGUUUUUUUUAUUUUGGGUUCAAAUUUGGACUGUUUGAUCGGAUUUUAAGUUUUGGGAAUCGUAGUUUACUUUUCAGUUCUUCGUGGGUUUUUGUGUUCUUCUUUUUUAUUUUUUUUAUUUAAUCGCUGAACUGAAAAAGCUUUAAUUUAUUUUACGGUCUUGGGUUUAAUCAUUGUGUUUAUGGGGUAAUGUGAAUUUUUAGUCAGAGACCCAUUAGAGAGCUGGUAGGUCGAAAAAAUAAAAUAAAGCUGAAUUGACUGGUAGAUAAUAGAAAAGAGACUGGGAUAGUUGAGUUGGGACGGAACCCUAAAAAGAAAAAGAAAAUAAAAAUGAAAGCUUGGUCUCAAAAAGCUUCUUUGGAAUUUUUGAGAUAAAUGCUCUGUGGAUUUUCUUCUAUUUUGUCUAGUAGUCUUAAGUAGAUUGUUUCGGAAGGAACCCUUAAAAGAAAAAGAAGGAAGAAAAAAAAAGUGUGUUUUUGUCCAAGUAUUCAUGGCGACCGAGUUAGAUAAUUCCUCUACGGCUUCCGGCGAAGCAAGCGUUUCUUCUUCUGGGAAUCAUGCUGUGGUUCCUGCUGCUCCUAAAUCCACCGCUAAGAAAAAGCGAAACUUACCCGGAAUGCCAGAUCCAGAUGCGGAGGUGAUUGCUUUGUCUCCGAAGACCCUUAUGGCCACAAAUCGAUUCAUUUGCGAAAUUUGUAAUAAAGGGUUUCAGAGGGAUCAGAAUCUGCAGCUCCAUAGGCGAGGUCAUAAUCUUCCAUGGAAGCUGAGGCAGAGGUCGAGUAAGGAGGUGAAGAAGCGGGUGUACGUAUGCCCGGAGGCGACUUGCGUCCACCAUGAUCCGUCGAGAGCUUUGGGUGAUCUCACCGGAAUUAAGAAACACUUUUGCCGGAAACACGGCGAGAAGAAGUGGAAAUGCGACAAGUGUUCGAAGAAAUACGCGGUUCAGUCAGAUUGGAAAGCCCAUUCCAAGAUUUGUGGUACCAGAGAGUACAAAUGCGAUUGCGGGACCUUAUUUUCAAGGAGGGAUAGCUUUAUUACGCAUAGGGCGUUCUGUGAUGCUUUGGCAGAAGAAAGCGCAAAAACAAAGACACCGACUCCGGUUCCGGUUCCGGCUCCCGCUCUUCCAAAGAAGAAUCAAACUCAGACAUCUGGGAAUAUGAAUUCGGAAUCGGAUUCCAAAGCUCAGCCAGUGAAGUCCUCCCCACCUCCGGCUCCACCACUGGCUCCAGCACAAUCGGCAGCUCCAGCUUCAUCAUCUGUCCCAUCUGGUCCUCCCCAGUCAACGGUUGUAAUAUCAUCCACUCGGCCAAUUCAAACACCAGCUGAGUUGCCGGAAAAUCCUCCACGCAAUUUGGAAGAAGCCGCCCCAUCUGCAGCAGCCAGCUUAACUGGGAGCUCGAGCAGUAGCACCACUAGUUCAAGCAGCAAUGGCAGUACAAGUAGUAGUGUAUUUGCAAGUUUAUUUGCUUCCUCAACCACAUCAGCAAGCUUACAAGCUACCCAAUCUCAUGGAUUCACUGAUCUGAUACGUGGCAUGGGGCGGCCGGAUUGCUCAGCGGAUCUUGCACCAUCUUCCUCCUUGGAACCGAUUUCUCUUGGCCUCUCAACGAGCCACGGAUCUUCCAUCUUUGGUACUGCUGGGCAGGAGCGCAGGCAGUAUGCACCGCCGCCACAGCCUGCUAUGUCUGCCACUGCACUCCUUCAGAAAGCUGCUCAAAUGGGCGCUGCAGCGUCAAAUGCCUCAUUGCUUCGGGGUUUAGGAAUUGUAUCGUCUUCAUCAUCGUCCGGGCAUCAAGAAAAUUUGCAAUGGCCUCAGAGGCUAGUGGAACCGGAUAAUAAUUCAGUUCCUGGACUUGGUCUUGGUCUUCCUUGUGAUGGAAACUCUGGUUUGAAGGAACUAAUGAUGGGAACUCCUUCCAUGUUUGGUCCUAAGCAAACCACACUUGAUUUUCUAGGACUGGGAAUGGCUGCCGGGGGCACUCCUAACAGCGGCUUAUCAGCUUUGAUUACAUCUAUUGGCAGCGGUCUAGACGUAGCCACUGCUGCAGCUUCCUUUGGAGGUGGUGAAUUCAGUGGCAAAGACAUUGGAAGGAGCUCAUGAGAAAAAGGCUUGAAAUGGUUCGUUCUAGUUAUUCUGUUAUUUGGGCAAAAUAGUUUUGCAGAAGGAAAAAUUAGUAAGAUAUAAUUUUACAUGUAAAAAGUAAAAAAAAAAAAAAAAGGAAAAUUACCCUCAUGAAUGAUGAAAGGUAAGCAUGAGACCACAUGCAUUUGAGGUCUUAUUUUCUUUGUUCUACUACUGCCUUGUGAUGACUUGGACCAAGACUUUUUUGGUGGUGGCUUGACUUUUUAUGAAGAAAAACCAAAAAGCUUAAAGGAAGAAUCAGAGACACUCCCCUGUGAUUUUUUUAGGGGCCAUUUCAGUUAAAGGGUUUGUUGCUUAAGCUGAAAAAUUAGAAGAGAAGGCCACUUAAAUAUGUUUUUGUUGUGAACUUGGUGAACUAAAUAUGUAAACAAGUUUCAACUACUGCCUUACAUUCUUUUUUUAUGUUUUUUUUUUUAAUUUGAUUUGUUUUGUGGCAGAAAUUUGUAGAGGUAAUUUUGUAAAUGAUUUUCAGAUAAAUUUAUUUUAGAAGCUAUGGACUUAAAUCUCA